CAGCUCUGUCUCAAAAUCACUAUCUUUCAUCCAUUUGGUAUGUUCGCCUUCAUAUUCUCGCGAUAUUGCUAAAAAUAGCCUUUCCCAGAAUCUUUCUUGCUGCUCCUCUUUCUACUUGUAGUGGAGGGCUGUUAUUGAAUGUCUCUUUUGUUUCUGAUCACCAGGAAGGAACAUAGAUGCCCAGAUUGGUGCACGCAGAUCCAGAUUCUUUACACGCAUUGAGUUGUUCCCUUUGUGUUUCUUGGGAUUCUUGAGAUGUAGAAGUUGACGACUGGAUUGGGGUCUCAGUCAAUUUGAUCAAUCUUUUUGUAGAAGUUCUUUUUAUAGGAAAGGGGUUCUGUAAACUUCAAAUCUUUGUUGGAGGAACGCAUGGGUUGCUUCCCUUGCUUUGAUUCGAAGGAGGCUGAGACGCUGAACAAAGGGAGCGAUGAUCACAUUGAAGUUCAUCCCACUGUUCCUUCCAACAUGUCCAGAUUGUCUUCAGGAGCAGACCGAUUAAAAUCACGAAGUAGUGCUAGCCUGAAGAGAGAACCUUCAGUCUUAAAUGAUUUACCCGGUGGUCAGAUCGCGGCACAUACAUUCACUUUUCGCGAGCUUGCAGCCGCUACAAGUAACUUCAGGCCCGAAUCUUUCAUAGGUGAAGGUGGAUUUGGACGUGUAUAUAAAGGGAAACUGGCCAAUGGACAGGCUGUGGCUGUUAAGCAAUUGGAUAGGAAUGGGCUUCAAGGGAAUAGAGAGUUCCUUGUGGAAGUUCUUAUGCUCAGCCUUCUCCAUCAUCCUAAUCUAGUUAACUUGAUUGGAUACUGUGCAGAUGGUGACCAGAGGCUUCUUGUCUAUGAAUUUAUGCCCUUGGGGUCAUUGGAAGAUCACCUUCAUGAUUUACCACCCGAUAAAGAGCCAUUGGAUUGGAACAAAAGGAUGAAAAUAGCCGCGGGCGCAGCCAAAGGUUUGGAGCAUCUUCAUGAUAAAGCUAAUCCUCCGGUAAUUUAUAGGGACUUCAAGUCAUCAAACAUUUUGCUAGACGAAGGGUUUACCCCAAAGCUCUCUGAUUUCGGACUAGCAAAGCUUGGUCCUACUGGAGAUAAGUCACACGUCUCCACAAGGGUCAUGGGGACCUACGGCUAUUGUGCUCCUGAAUAUGCCAUGACAGGACAACUCACCGUAAAAUCUGAUGUCUAUAGUUUCGGCGUUGUCUUCUUAGAGCUCAUCACAGGACGUAAAGCCAUUGACAGCACCCAACCACCAGGGCAGCAGAACCUUGUCACAUGGGCACGACCACUCUUCAAUGAUCGCCGGAAGUUUGCGAAAUUAGCUGAUCCAAAGCUACAAGGUCAGUUUCCAAUGAGAGGCCUUUACCAGGCUCUGGCUGUGGCAUCCAUGUGCAUCCAAGAGCAGGCUGCAGCGCGUCCUCUGAUUGGAGAUGUCGUCACUGCCCUUUCCUACUUGGCCAAUCAGGCAUAUGACCCCUGCACUGCCAACAAGAACACUGGGGAUGAUAAGAGGGCCUUGAGACUGUCGAAGAAUGAGGACGGGUCUGGGUGUGGGUCGGGUAGGAAAUGGGACUUGGACGGGUCCGAGAAGGAAGAUUCCCCUAGGGAAACUGUCAGGAAGCUGAACAGGGAUAUAGAGAGGGAGCGCGCCGUGGCAGAGGCCAAAAUGAAAUGGGACUUGGACGGGUCCGAGAAGGAAGAUUCCCCUAGGGAAACUGUCAGGAAGCUGAACAGGGAUAUAGAGAGGGAGCGCGCCGUGGCAGAGGCCAAAAUGUGGGGGGAGAAAUUUCGGGAAAAGCGACAGCAAGGCAGCGAUGGGAGUUGUGACGGAAGCAAUGGAUGAGGGGAGGGGAGGGGGGGGGGGGGGUUCACUUGUGUGUGUACAGUUCAUUUCCCUUCUCUUCUCUUGUUAGGGGAAGAAGGCCAACUUUGUAUCUUUGUAUUAUUGUUGACUCCAUUUUUACCUUUGGGUUUCUUGGAAAACCACAAGAAGUCUUCUAGUGCAAUGGGUGUGUGU